UGAAUAAUCAAUGAAAAAUGAAUGAAAAGGUUUAUCCAUGCAAGCUUCAAACCAAAGUCAAGGAUAUCGAUCCUUCCAGGGGAGUCCAAAGUUCCAAGAUUGUUUAUCCAUGCAUCAUUUUGUCGAUCUACUAAGAUUAAAUUGUCUCGUUGUAGUUGCAAGACUGGAACAAUAGACGGCAGUUUACACCACCCAGUGACUUCCAUGCUGACGCGAUGAAUGAUUAUUUCAUUUCACAGGCAGUGAUAGAAAAUACCAGAGCAAAUGAUAUACACAAGCGAGUUCCCUUUUUAGUACCGUUUACUAGCAGGGUUAAGAUUUUCACUACACAACUAGCAGCAGCUAGGCAAAGGAAUGGAUCUCUUGCUGUUUUUGCCAGAAACCGGUUUAGAAUUCGACGAAAUCAUAUAUUGGAAGAUGCUUUCAGUCAGAUGAGUGCAUUGUCUGAAGUUGAUCUUCAAGGAUCGAUACGUGUGUCUUUUGUUAAUGAAUUUGGAGUUGAGGAGGCAGGAAUUGAUGGUGGUGGUAUUUUUAAAGAUGUCAUGGAGAACAUUACACGGGCAGCCUUUGACGUGCAGUAUGGUUUAUUUAAGCAAAUUGCUGACCAUUUGCUCUACCCCAAUCCUGGUUCGGGAAUGAUACAUGAGCAACAUCUCCAGUUUUUCCAUUUCCUCGAAGUUCUUUUGGCAAAGGUCAUGUUUGAAGGAACUCUUGUUGAUAUACUUUUUGCAACAUUCUUCUUGAGCAAGUUAAAACAGAAGUAAGGUUUUUAAAGAUUUACUGUCUUACUGUUUUGUAUUUUGUGCUGAUCCACUAAUCGUAGUAUUGAUGGUCAUGACAAUGACUAGUUGCAAGUUACUUGAAUUUUUAGGGUUCUAAAAAUCUUACAUUUUAUUAUGGGUGCACUGCCUACUAAUGAGAUUGUCAAUUGCUAACUUCCAAAUGUUGAAUUUGGGAUUUCCAUGCUACAUUCACUUUCUUGAUCUGCAAUUACAGAGCUACUCUAUACUGGAAUAAAGUCUCAUCUGAACUGUA